CCUCCGGCGCCCCGCGCUCCGCCCGCCCGCUCCCCCUGGCGGAGCCGCCGCCGGGGCUGCGCUUGCCGGGCGCGCUCGGCACCCGCGGAGUGUGCCCCAGCUCUCGCGCUCCCACCUGUUUCCCCAGGCAGGGAGGACCCUGGUGCCAUGGCAGGUCUGGGCCCCGGCGGAGGCGACUCGGAGGGCGGACCCCGGCCCCUGUUUUGCAGGAAGGGGGCCCUGAGGCAGAAGGUGGUCCACGAGGUCAAGAGCCACAAAUUCACAGCCCGCUUCUUCAAGCAGCCCACCUUCUGCAGCCACUGCACCGACUUCAUCUGGGGCAUCGGGAAACAGGGCCUACAAUGUCAAGUCUGCAGCUUUGUGGUACAUCGGCGAUGCCACGAAUUUGUGACCUUCGAGUGUCCAGGCGCUGGGAAGGGCCCCCAGACGGACGACCCCCGGAACAAGCACAAAUUCCGCCUACAUAGCUACAGCAGCCCCACCUUCUGCGACCACUGUGGCUCCUUGCUCUACGGCCUAGUACACCAGGGCAUGAAAUGCUCCUGCUGUGAGAUGAACGUGCAUCGGCGCUGCGUGCGCAGCGUGCCCUCGCUGUGCGGGGUGGACCACACGGAGCGCCGCGGGCGCCUGCAGCUGGAGAUCCGCGCGCCCACUGCGGAUGAGAUCCACAUCACCGUUGGCGAGGCUCGAAAUCUCAUUCCUAUGGAUCCCAAUGGCCUGUCUGACCCCUACGUGAAGCUCAAACUCAUCCCAGACCCUCGAAACCUGACCAAGCAGAAGACCCGGACGGUGAAGGCCACGCUGAACCCCGUGUGGAACGAGACUUUUGUGUUCAACCUGAAGCCGGGCGACGUGGAGCGCAGGCUCAGCGUGGAGGUGUGGGACUGGGACAGGACCUCGCGCAAUGACUUCAUGGGUGCCAUGUCCUUUGGCGUCUCGGAGCUGCUCAAGGCGCCUGUGGAUGGCUGGUACAAGUUACUGAACCAGGAGGAGGGGGAAUAUUACAAUGUGCCCGUGGCCGAUGCUGACAACUGCAGCCUCCUCCAGAAGUUUGAGGCCUGUAACUAUCCCCUGGAAUUGUACGAGCGGGUGCGGAUGGGCCCCUCGUCCUCUCCUGUCCCCUCCCCCUCCCCAAGCCCCACCGACUCCAAGCGCUGCUUCUUCGGGACUGGCCCAGGACGCCUGCACAUCUCCGACUUCAGCUUCCUCAUGGUUCUGGGAAAAGGCAGUUUUGGCAAGGUGAUGCUGGCCGAGCGCCGAGGCUCCGAUGAGCUCUACGCCAUCAAGAUCCUCAAAAAGGACGUGAUUGUCCAGGACGACGACGUCGACUGCACCCUGGUGGAGAAGCGCGUGCUGGCGCUGGGCGGCCGAGGGCCAGGGGGCCGGCCCCACUUCCUCACCCAGCUCCACUCCACCUUCCAGACCCCCGGUGAGGGAGACCGCCUGUAUUUUGUGAUGGAGUAUGUCAGGGGCGACCUGAUGUACCACAUCCAGCAGCUGGGCAAGUUUAAGGAGCCCCAUGCGGCGUUCUACGCAGCCGAGAUCGCCAUUGGCCUCUUCUUCCUCCACAACCAGGGCAUCAUCUACAGGGACCUGAAGCUGGACAAUGUGAUGCUGGACGCGGAAGGACACAUCAAGAUCACCGACUUCGGCAUGUGUAAGGAGAACGUUCCAGGCACCACCACCCGUACCUUCUGCGGGACCCCGGACUACAUAGCCCCCGAGAUCAUUGCCUACCAGCCCUACGGGAAGUCUGUUGACUGGUGGUCCUUUGGCGUCCUGCUCUAUGAGAUGCUGGCAGGACAGCCUCCGUUUGAUGGAGAGGAUGAGGAGGAGCUGUUCCAAGCCAUCAUGGAGCAGACUGUCACCUACCCCAAGUCGCUCUCCCGGGAGGCCGUGGCCAUCUGCAAGGGGUUCCUGACCAAGCACCCUGGGAAGCGCCUGGGCUCAGGGCCUGACGGAGAGCCCACCAUCCGCGCCCACGGCUUCUUCCGCUGGAUCGACUGGGAGCGGCUGGAGCGGCUGGAGAUCGCACCCCCGUUCAGACCCCGCCCGUGUGGCCGCAGCGGCGAGAACUUCGACAAAUUCUUCACACGGGCCGCACCGGCGUUGACGCCCCCAGACCGUCUGGUGCUGGCCAGCAUCGACCAGGCGGACUUCCAGGGCUUCACCUACGUGAACCCCGACUUCGUGCACCCGGACGCGCGUAGCCCCAGCAGCCCCGUGCCCGUGCCCGUGAUGUAACCUCACCUGCCGUCGCCAGGCGUCCCCUGCCCGUCCUGGAUGCUGCAACCCCGGC